GAAGGACGCAAAAAUGUUUGCAGUGACAAUUUGUAUCCUGGGGUUGCUCCAUAUGAGCGCUGCCUGCAGCUUGGUGAGCAUCUGUACAGACCUGCCUUCUGUCCAGCAGGAGAUCGUGGAUGUACACAAUGCCUUCCGAAGGGCUGUGGUGCCGACUGCCAGCAACAUGCUCAAAAUGAGUUGGAGCGAUGCUGUGGCACAGUCAGCUCAGAGCUGGAUUGAUCAGUGUAACAUUACACAUGGACCACCAAGCAGCCGCAUGAUUGACGGAUAUGAAACGGGUGAAAAUCUCUUCAAGGCCUCUGAGGAUUAUUCAUGGACCAAAGUGAUAAAUGCCUGGCACAGCGAAGUCAACAAUUAUGAAUAUCCCACCGGAUCCACCAACGGUCUGGCGAUUGGACAUUACACACAGGUGGUGUGGUACAGCUCGUACGAGGUCGGCUGUGCCGUGGCUCAGUGUGGAAACUCCUACUUCUACGGAUGCCAUUACUACCGCGCAGGGAAUUUCAGAGGAGUCCCGCCGUACUCGCUGGGUGAACCGUGUGCCUCUUGUCCGGGCAACUGUGAAGACGGUCUGUGCACUAAUCCAUGUCCGUACAUAAACACGUUCAGCAACUGCAAUGAACUGAAAGAAAUAGCCACUUGUGACCACUCCUUCGUGAGCCAGUAUUGUCCAGCCAGUUGUCUCUGUGAAGACAAAAUCCACCCUAUUGCAAGGAAAUGAAAUCUUCUAUGGCCAUACUGCAUGAAGUGAGGCCUGUUUUGGAUAGUUGUAGCACAUAUCUCCUAUAAUGUGAUAUAUAUACAUAUUCUUACUUCUUUCUAUUUCUGUUCUUUCUAUAUGUGGAAUACCUCAAAUGUGAUGAUUAUUAAAAAUCAAGGGUACUGUACUUAUAUAAUAUGAUGAAAAAGGCCAGUCUGCAUUGCUUUGUAUCAUUACCUCAACCUUUUUUCAGUAAGGCCUAUACAAUCACAUAUAAGUAAAGCCAUUUGUGUUUUAUAAGCCUUGUAAACCCACAUACUGAAAACAAUAGCUGCUGGAGAAAGCUCAACUUAAGACAGGAUACGUCACAAAA